AUGGCCGCAUCUUUAAAGCCAAACACAGGAAAUCAAGAUCAGUAUUGCCAUUUUCAUCAUAGUCAUGGCCACACUACCAAAGCCUGUAGACAACUUAAGGAGGAGAUUGAAAGACUUAACCGUCAAGGCUAUCUUCGACAGUUUAUUCGGGAUUCACCUACCCGAGAGGAAACUCAUCUCAACGGGGGGCAAAAUCAACAACAGAGGCCACCGGUGAAUAACCGAAUAGCAGUUGGAGAAAUUGAGGCAAUUAUCGGAGGCCCUUUGCUAUCUAAUAAAGUCUUUUUGGUUUUAGAUGAAAUUCCAACUCCAAAGAAGGCUCGUAUAGAUCACUCCAUCACCUUUGAUGAUUCUGACUUGGAGGGAGUAAAAACCCCCCACCAAGGCCAACUUGUGAUUAAUAUGGUGAUAGGUGAUCCGUGUUACAAUGUUAAGAGAAUUCUUGUGGACAAUGGUAGCUCCGUGGAUGUCCUAUUCUACUCUACCUUCCUCAAUAUGGGUCUUACAAGAUAG